GGCGGUGGUGUUAACCAUGUGAUGCUGAGCUCCGCUCCAUCACACGCACGCCGCCUCAGCUGGUUCACUUCCUUCCCUCUGCUCCCUGCAGCUGGUGGGGCUGCUGCUGAUCGGAGUAGCAGCAUGGGGGAAAGGCUUCGGCUUGGUGUCGAGCAUCCACAUCAUCGGAGGGGUCAUCGCGGUGGGUUUCUUCCUGCUGCUCAUCGCCAUCGUAGGACUCAUCGGAGCGAUUCACCACCACCAAGUGAUGCUUUUCUUUUACAUGGUGAUUCUUUUCAUCGUUUUCCUCUUCCAAUUCGGAGUUUCCUGUUCCUGCUUGGCGAUGAACCGCGGGCAGCAGGAGGCACUUCUUAACUCCACAUGGGGAAUGUUGCAAAACAAGACCAAGACCGACCUGGAGAGUCAACUGAACUGCUGCGGGCUGCUCAACUUGACCACCAGCCGCGUACAGUUUGAGCAGGACGUGCAGAACUGUCCAGCUUUUUGCAAAAAGGACAGUGUCUGUUACUCCUGUGGGGAUAAGAUGCUGAAUCAUGCAUCAGAGGCUCUGAAGAUCCUCGGGGGCGUCGGGCUCUUCUUCAGCUUCACAGAGGUGAGCGUCCUCAGACACACAUCUUUUUAUCGUUCACUCAUUUUAUCAUUCAAGUGUGAGAGUGCAGCGUAAGGUUGUUAUUACAAU